AUGUAUGAAUCUUACAGACCUCAUCUACUUUUGGCCCAAGUGCCUCUAACCGUAUCCCCCUUCAUCAACCUCCCCACCUCCGUCACGCUCCCAUACACCUAUAAAUCAGUACCUUCAGCCCUUCCUCCCUCCGUCACAGUCGAUCCAACCAAUCCUAAUGCAAAGACCCGCUACGUCGUCUCUCCUAAUGGUGAACAUUCCGCCUACCCAGACGAUAUAUUGGCAGCGUGUCAAUCCCUUGACCAGCACCUAAAGAAGAAUAGGGCAGAUACCGCUGCUGCAAUCAAGGCGUGGGAAGAAUCUAUUCAGCAGCGAGAUAUGGCUGAGAAACGCCGACUUGCACCCGGAUGGCUGGACAGUGACGAGAAAUUGCUACAACCAAUGCGAGCUGCAUCUUCUCCCGAUAGGGUUAUGGAGAGUCUGCUAGAUAGCAACUCAGCUGAACAGAGCUCAACGACUAUACCUUCUAUGCUGAGGGAUGAGGGGGAGGAGUUGGACCGGGCAUUCGGUGGACUGGAUGUAAAAUGA